AUGACUUGGAAUGCUACUGUCAAUUACUCGUAUUUCGCAACGGAAUUUGCUGCUGCCGACGAUUAUGUACUAACAGAGAGCAAAGUGCGAACAGGAGUCGCUAAUGUGUGUGUACUUGCUCUAUCCAAUUUCAGAUUUAUUUGCUGUUGCAUGAUUGUCGGAAUAGUUUCCACCGUCGGUUCGACGGCGGCAGAUCAAUCGACCAAGGAACGGAUCAGGAUCCACAAGGAAUGGCUAGAGAAGCGUGCCGCCAGCCGGUUCAGUGGUAACUCUAGCUCGACCCUAAAGACUACCUACCUGCGAAGAUUGAUCAAAUUCAAAAAUGAACACGAGCCCUUGUCAGAGAAUGACAUUUCCUUUGUACCGCAUUUCAACCAGCAUAACAACGACAAUAGUGAACCGUCCAAGAUUAUUAAGGAUUAUCAGUCCGGCAUUGACAAUAACCUUCAGGAUAAUGAAUAUGGAAUCAGACGGGCUGAGCAUUCCGGAAGUGUUCCUAGCGAAUCGGAGGGAACCAACAAAAACCAGACCGAUCGGGUUUCCGGGGCUCUGUUCGACAAUAAACAGCAGCCUUCAGACGUUUCAAUGUCAAUGCAGUCUAGAAUUUUGGAGCAUCACUUGGCCGGUCUGGAAACAUCUAACGAGAUACCCCUGGUGACACCUGUGCCCGUUUCCCCAUUGCUUGUAGACCAACAGCUGCAGCAGCAGCAAAGGGAAAACACUCCAACCGAACAAAUUGAGGCGGUAACCAAAAUGAAUGAGCCCGGUAAAUCCAGCGAACAGAAUCGCAUAAAUGAUGAUUUGCCAGUGAGUGCUAAUGUAAGCGGUGGCAGUUAUACAUUAAAUAGCAAUGUAACCAGCGCUUCUGGGAGCAUCGCGGCGGAAAGGAAACCCGAGCGACAUCCGGCCAUAAUUAAUAACGAAACCACAGACGAUGAGAGCAAUGCGUCUUCCUCGCCGCUCGGCCUCGCUUCGGUCGGUUCGGCCACCACUGCGAUGCCUAUCGAGGAAAAGGAUACAGUGGACCAAAGUCAACAGCAGCAGCAAACAGGGAAUGUGACUGUAAGGAAUGUUUUCGGUCCCUGGAGUAAUUGGACUGCCUGUUCCAGAUCCUGCGGCGGUGGUGUCAAAUCGCAGCAGCGGAAAUGCUGGCGACGAGA